AUGGAGAGUGGGAAACACUUUGUUCUAGUUCAUGGCUCUUGCCAUAGUGCAUGGUGCUGGUACAAGCUUGUCACUCUGCUCAAAUCUUCCGGUCACCGGGUUACUGCUUUAGACCUUGGUGCAAGCGGGUUGGAUCCGAGGCGGCUCGACCAACUCGCCACCAUAUUUGACUACUUGCAAGCAUUGAUGGACUUCAUGGCCUCUCUACCUCAUGGUGAGAGGGUCGUCUUAGUUAGGCACAGUUAUGGUGGCUUCUGCAUUUCUCUAGCCAUGGAGAGCUUCUCCAAGAAGAUCUCUAUUGCAGUUUUCAUCACAGCCUAUAUGCCUAAUGAUAGAGAUCCACUGGCGACUCAUUUGCAAGAAUUCUUUAGAAGGACUUCGCCAGACUCCUUUAUGGAUAACGAAUUUUCAUACGAUGGAGACCUGGAAAACCCACCUUCUUCUGUAAUCAUAGGUCCAGAUUCCUUGACAAAUAUACUUUAUAAUAACUGCCAACCAGAGGAGAUUGAAUUAGCUAAAAUGUUUACAAGGCCAAGUGGCUUGUUCUUUGAAGACUUAAUCAAGGAAUCUCUGCUAACAGAGAAGAAAUACGGGUCGGUCAAUCGGGCUUUUAUAGUGUGCGAAGAAGAUCAAAGUUUGAAGGAAGAAUUCCAGAGAUGGAUGAUUGAGAAAAGUCCAACUAAAGAAGUGAUGUCCAUAGCUGGAGCUGACCAUAUGUCCAUGCUUUCAAAACCCAAAGAGCUUUGUCUCUAUUUGCUUGAGAUUGCACUGAAAUAUCAAUAG